AUGACACACGAAAAGGGAAGUGAUGUUAAAAGAAAACAGAGUACUGGUUCAUUAUCUUUAUCAUGGACUCGGUGGAUUCUAGUUGAUGAGGUACCAGAGAAGAUGCAUGCAAAACUCAUUCAGAAGAUGCAAGCUAGAAGCAGCAAUCUACAUAAAUCAUUCUAUGAAGUGAUGGGAGCAAACAAUCCAACCCUCUACAAUUUGAUGAGGAAGUAUGAUAAACGAACAGGAGGAUUGCUGCGCCUACCUUUCACCCAACUUGCCCUUCAUCAGCCUUUCUUCACAACAGAACCACCAACAAGGUUGGUCCGUGAAUGCGAGGAUAACCUCGAGCUCCUUUUUCCAUUGGAGGAAGAAGUCGUUGAAUCGAUCAGCAUCGUACAUGAUCAGUCAAAUCCAUCACCAAGUCAGACAGUAAAUACCUCACCUGAGCCAUCCUCAUCUCUUCGGAAGGAAACUGUUGACAUUGUAGCCGCACUCUUGCUGCCAAGAAAGCAAUACGAGGUCUUCAAAUCUCAAAAAGCAAGCUCCACCUCUAAUCCGCUCUCAUUUUCAUCUUUUUUCAAGAGCCAGGAUGACGAAAGUACUGGUGCUGUAACAGCUGCAAACUCAACUUCGAAUUCUUCAGCCACAAUGCAGGAUGGAGAGGAGAUUGGUCAAGAAGAUGAGUUCCGAAAGUUGACUGGAUGUAAUGAGUUCCUCUGCCUCUGGGAACAAUUACCAGCAGAGCUGCAAUGUAGAACUGGCUCUGAUGGGACAGAGUCACAGAAAUACGUAGUGGACGGGUAG